AUGCAGGACCUGGUGGAACAUUUACCUAAACUUCCUGAAAUCCAACAACAAAAGCUUACUAUUCCAGAAUUUGAAGAAAUUGAAGUCAGACCAACCGACUCAGUUGAAAUUAAGAAGUUCAUACGUAAGGUUAACUAUGAGUUUCUUGGAUUUCAUUGCAACCACAAAGUCAUGGACAAAGACUGCGAUAUGGUAUAUAAGAAUGUUUCUGACAUAUAUAAAUCUGAAGAAUUUAAGACCUACGACAACUUUGUUUCGUUAGUUGCUGAAUGUGUAUGGCAGAUAAGAGAUAAAGAUAAAAGAUGUAAAAUAUGGAACGAACAAAUCAGACCUGCAUGUUUUGAAUUUAAGAGGACCAUUGACGCUAUAGUUGUACUUGCAGGACAAAUUUCAAUGUACAAUGCUAAAAUGAACCCACAAUGUUCUAAAUGUAAAGCAGCAAUAAGGAAAUAUAACUAUUCUGUCAAAGAGAUAGAACGUAUGCGAAACGACAAUGCUGACUUAAAGAAAGAAGCAGAGAAACCAGCAGAAAACAAAAUGGACAUGUUAGCAUUUCUAAACAAAAACUAUCCAACAGCUGACGAUUUCCUUCUUUCAGAUGUCAAGAAGAAAUAUAAAGAAACAUUCGGCAUUGUUAAAACUUCUGACAUACUGACAGAGGAAAUCGAAGCCACAAAAUUGUUUAGAAUUUCAAAUAUACAUCGUACAAUUCAUGUAAAACGCUUAUAA